GGGAGGGUGGGUGUCAGUCCCAACCACCCAAAAAGUCAUCCGCUUCUUUUCCACGUGUUAGAGAUCAGUCCCCUGUCUGUCAGGACGAAAGGUCUGCCCUUCACAUUUCAACUUACAGUUGGAACACCGCAAGCAUGGGGAAAGGGAGUGGUGCCGAAAAUGGAGGAGGAAAGAAGAAGAAGAAGGAGAGGGACUUGGAUGAGCUCAAGAAGGAGGUGUCCAUGGAUGAUCACAAGAUAUCAUUAGACGAUCUGGAAAGGCGCUACACAGUCGACUUGGCUCGGGGUUUGACCAAUGCCAAGGCUCUGGAGGUGCUGGCCAGGGAUGGGCCCAACGUGCUUACCCCCCCUCCAACCACGCCAGAGUGGGUGAAGUUCUGCCGUCAGCUGUUCGGGGGCUUCUCCUUGCUCCUCUGGAUCGGUGCCAUCCUCUGCUUCCUGGCCUACAGUAUCCAAGUGGCCACUGAAGACGAGCCAGCCAAUGACAACUUGUACCUGGGAGUGGUUCUGUCAGCUGUGGUCAUCAUCACUGGCUGUUUCUCUUACUACCAAGAGGCCAAGAGCUCCCGCAUUAUGGACUCAUUCAAGAACAUGGUUCCUCAGCAAGCCCUGGUGAUCAGGGAGGGAGAGAAAAUGACAAUCAAUGCAGAGCUAUUGGUGAGGGGAGACCUGGUGGAGAUCAAAGGAGGAGACCGGAUCCCUGCCGACCUCCGAGUCGUCUCCGCUGCUGGCUGCAAGGUGGAUAACUCUUCUCUGACUGGGGAGUCAGAGCCUCAGACACGCACAACAGAGUUCACCCAUGAAAACCCCCUGGAGACUCGGAACAUCGCCUUCUUCUCCACCAACUGUGUGGAGGGCACAGCCCAUGGUGUAGUAGUAGGUACCGGUGACCAUACAGUGAUGGGCCGUAUUGCCACCCUGGCCUCGGGGCUGGAGACAGGCCAGACUCCCAUCAACAUGGAGAUCGAGCACUUCAUCCACCUGAUCACAGGCGUGGCUGUGUUCCUGGGGGUGUCCUUCUUCAUCCUGGCCAUCAUCCUGGGAUACACCUGGCUGGAGGCUGUCAUCUUCCUCAUCGGCAUCAUCGUGGCCAAUGUACCAGAGGGUCUGCUGGCCACCGUCACUGUUUGUCUCACCCUCACUGCCAAGCGCAUGGCCAAGAAGAACUGCCUGGUCAAGAAUCUGGAAGCUGUGGAGACCCUGGGUUCUACCUCCACCAUCUGUUCCGACAAGACAGGGACCCUGACCCAGAACCGCAUGACCGUGGCCCACAUGUGGUUCGACAACAUGAUCCAUGAGGCCGACACUACGGAGGACCAGUCUGGUGCCACCUUUGACAAGAGCUCAGCUACAUGGCACUCUCUGUCUCACGUGGCUGGACUCUGCAACCGCGCUGAGUUCAAAGCUGGGCAGGAUAACUUCCCCAUCCUCAAGAGGGACACUGCUGGCGACGCGUCAGAGUCUGCGCUGUUGAAAUGUAUCGAGCUCUCCUGUGGGUGUGUCCGCUCUAUGAGAAACAGAUACCCCAAGGUGGGAGAGAUUCCCUUCAACUCGACCAACAAGUACCAGCUUUCCAUUCAUGAACAUGAAGACAAUGAAAAUGGCCACCUACUCGUUAUGAAGGGAGCACCUGAGAGAAUAUUGGACAGGUGUAGCACCAUCAUGAUCCACGGUCAGGAGGUUCCAAUGGAUGCCAACUGGAACGAAGCUUUCCAGAGUGCCUACAUGGAGCUGGGAGGGCUGGGAGAGAGAGUUCUAGGGUUCUGUCACUUGCCACUGUCUCCGGCCCAGUUCCCUCGGGGGUUUACCUUCGACUGUGAAGAUGUCAACUUCCCUACUGAAGGACUGUGUUUUGUGGGCCUCAUGUCCAUGAUUGACCCUCCCCGCGCUGCCGUGCCCGACGCUGUGGGGAAGUGCCGCUCUGCUGGGAUUAAGGUUAUCAUGGUGACAGGCGACCAUCCAAUCACUGCUAAAGCCAUCGCUAAAGGUGUGGGCAUCAUCUCCGAGGGCAACGAGACUGUGGAGGACAUCGCUGAAAGGCUGAAUAUUCCACUGAGCCAAGUCAACCCCAGGGAUGCCAAGGCCUGUGUGGUGCACGGGGGGGACCUGAAGGACAUGAGCGCAGAAUACUUGGAUGACCUGCUCAGGAACCACACUGAGAUAGUGUUCGCCCGCACCUCACCUCAGCAGAAACUCAUCAUCGUAGAGGGCUGCCAGAGAACGGGGGCAAUUGUUGCGGUUACUGGGGACGGAGUGAACGACUCACCUGCCCUGAAGAAGGCUGAUAUCGGGGUUGCCAUGGGGAUCGCUGGGUCUGACGUCUCCAAGCAGGCUGCUGACAUGAUCCUCCUGGACGACAACUUCGCCUCUAUCGUCACAGGAGUGGAGGAAGGCCGUCUGAUCUUUGAUAAUUUGAAAAAGUCCAUUGCCUACACUCUGACCAGUAACAUUCCAGAGAUCAGCCCCUUCCUCCUCUUCAUCAUUGCCAGUAUUCCCCUGCCCCUGGGCACUGUCACCAUCCUCUGUAUCGACCUGGGAACUGACAUGGUUCCUGCUAUCUCAUUGGCCUAUGAGACGGCUGAGAGUGACAUCAUGAAGCGUCAGCCCCGGUGCCCAAAGACGGACAAGCUGGUGAACGACAGACUGAUCAGCAUGGCCUACGGACAGAUAGGUAUGAUCCAGGCCAUAGCAGGUUUCUUCACCUACUUUGUGAUCCUGGCUGAGAAUGGUUUCUGGCCAGGGACCCUCCUUGGCAUCCGUCUGAACUGGGAUGACCGUGCAAACAAUGAGGUGGAAGACAGCUAUGGACAGCAGUGGACCUAUGAGCAGCGAAAGGUAAUUGAGUUCACCUGUCAUACCUCGUUCUUUGCGAGCAUCGUGGUGGUGCAAUGGGCUGAUCUGGUUAUCUGCAAGACCAGGAGGAACUCUGUCUUCCAGCAGGGCAUGAAGAAUCGUAUCCUGAUCUUUGGCCUGUUUGCUGAGACUGCUCUGGCUGCCUUCCUGUCCUACUGCCCAGGAAUGGACAUCGCCCUCCGCAUGUACCCCUUGAAGGUCUCCUGGUGGUUCUGUGCCCUCCCAUACAGUGUACUCAUCUUCAUCUAUGAUGAGAUCCGCAAGCUCAUCAUCAGGAGGUGUCCUGGAGGUUGGGUGGAACAGGAGACUUAUUAUUAACAUUCAGAAAAUUGUUAUUGUGAGUUUGAAUUUCUGUCAGUCUGUGUUAAUGAAAGGGGAAAGGGGGGAUAUCUAAUCAGUUGCACAACUGAAUGCAUUCAACUGAAAUGUGUCUUCUGCAUUUAACCCAACCCCUCUGAAUGAGUGAGUAUAUUUGUGUAUGCAAGGUCUAGCUUAGCAAAGAACAUAGCUUUUGUGUGCACAACAAAAAUACCUUACAAAUUGAAUUUUGUCUUUGAAAGUGAUUAACAAUGGGUGGUCAUCUGCCGUUUUUAAAAUAAGCCUAAAUCACCAUGGUUAGUGUGUGUUUGUUUGUCUACCAGGCAAUUGGCCUAUUAUUGCAUGGAUCAGUUUAUCAGUACACAGUGCUGGUUCUCAUAGAGAAUUCUGCUGCAAAUAAACUUGUAAUUGUGAUUUGACAUUUCUGAGUUUUCCAGAUGACAAUUAUUGUACUAGAAGGAUUUUCCAAACCCAAAUGUCAACCUAACAAGAUGUUGCAACAUGCCUGUACCAUACCAAUACACCCUGAAUAUUUUUUCCUUCAACGAUUAAAAACAAAAAUCAGUGCUGAAGGCUAUUCAUCCCUAAUGGGACCCUAUUCUCUGCAUAGUACAGUUCAUUUGACCAGAGCCAUAUGGGCGCUGGUCAAAAGUAGUGCAGUAUGGAAUAGGGCGCCAUUUGGGUUAUCAUAGUCUGGUUGUGUAAAAUAAAUUGCUCUGAAAAAAUCUCGAUAUGAAAUAAAGUGAAUCUGCACAAAGCA